AUGGCACGGGGGAUCCAACAACGCCGGGUCGCGAGCGAUCUUAGGGCACCCUUGGAGAGCCAGCCCCAGGCCACUAAUAAAAAUAAAGAAGUGGUCCUAUCCGGCCCACCUGACGGCUUUGGUGCACUUGAGGAGGCCUCUGAGGAUGUUAGGCGCCUUUGUUCGUCUGAAGGCGUUGCGAUAUCGGAUCCACGUGGCAGGGAGAGAGGCCCUUGGGGCGGCGGGAAAGUGUGGCUGGAUAUGGAUCGCCCCCGCAGCGUGAAUAGCAGCGCUUCAAGCCGCUGUCGCUUGCUGGCAACUAGCCGCUCUUGGGCAACAAAGCGGAUGCUGAGGGCGUGUGUGCGCACGGAGUUCUUCCGAUCAUCCUACCGUUUCCGAGGCCAUGAAGGAUGCGUUAAUGCUAUCAAAUUUCAUCCUACAGAGCCCUGGCUCUUUAGUGGAGGCGACGACCUCCGUCUGCUCAUUUGGGAGCCUCGUGUGUGGCCCCGAAUACCAAAAGCUGCGAUGCGAACCGAACAUACAGACAACAUUUUCUGCAUUGACUUUGACACCCUGGGAAGCCACGCCUUGACGGCAGCAAAUGAUGGCCUUGUAACUCGUCUGCCCCUUGGAGCCUCCCCUUCUGCUGCCUCUGAGACUCGCGACUUUUAUUCGAUAUACGGCCGUCUGCAUGGACCGAUGGUAGAGGAAAUGAGCUCCCUCUCUCUCCCCCUCACGCACCCAGACGCCACGCCACCCCUUCCACCCCCUCCUGCUCUUGAAGGGCCGGAUGGUGGGGUUGCUGUCGUAAACACCGCGUCUGAAGCAACCGCCGCUGGAGCUGCUGCUGCUAAUGGUGGCAGUGGGAGUAGGGCUGCUGGAGUCGCUGCGAGGAAUGUGGCGAUGGCGAUUCUGGAGGCGGCCGACGAUGAGCUUAUUUUCUUUCCGCGGGCGCGAACGAGGGCUUGUUUUGAGGCCAAGUUCGUGGACACUGCGGGGCAGAUUGCCGCUGCUGCUUUGGAGGCGGGUUUUGUUGCGCUCGCCGACUUCCGAGAGAGGCCAGAGAUUAGCCACCCGGUUAUGCGAAACACAGGAGACUUCACGAGCGUCGACCCGCAUCUUCCCCUCCCCUUUCAGCUCGCCUACGCUGGCAGUUGCGGAGCCGGCAUCCUCGACCUGCGCACUGCACGGCCCCUGCUGAGGCUACGGGCUCCGGGAGUUUUGGACAGCGACCUCAAGGAGGAGGACGAGAAGCCUCGAGGUUAUGUUAUUGACCGCAGCCGCAGCAGUAGCACAUACAGCAACGUCAGCGCCAGCUACCGGAGGGGCCGAACCUUGGGCAGCAGCAGCAGUAGUAGCAGCAGCAAUAGUAGCAGCAGCAGAGACAGCGGCAGCAGCAGAGACAGCGGCAUUGCUUCUCCAGACUCUCCUGUUGAAAGCGGGGCAACCACAGCAGCCGCUUCAGGAGACGCAACUCUGGCGCGACGACGCAGCAGCAGCAGCACGGCCCCUGUGGGUGGGAGCAAAAGUGGCCUCAAGUCCGGAAGCGACGGCGAUUCCACUGUGCGCGUGCCCUCGGAUGGUGCCAGUGUGAAAACGGUGAAGAGUGCGAAACUCUCUGAGCAAGCGGGCAGCCAUGAGGAGCGGCAGGCGAGGCGCCAGAGUCACUCGAGGGAGUGUUCUGCCCUUAGCUCCCCAGAAUCUCCUGCGAGGUCGUCUGCAGCGGCUGCAGAAGAAUUAGUGCCACCCCAGAGGAGCAAGUGCAGCAGCAGCAGCAGCAAAGCGGACCAAGACGAGGCGGACGACGUUUCAAGCCGUGCGGCUGCUACGCCUCCCAGCGCCAGAGGCAAGCGACGCUGUAUCCGCCCUGCCACGGCGCAGCAGGAGGCAAACGUCGAGCUUAGCAACCGCAGCAGUUCCAGCAGCAGCGCCAGUGGCUUGCCCACUGGGCAACCUUCAUCGGUCAUGCCUAGGACGCGACUGCAGCAUGCCGCGUCUGCGGCAGCGCUCUCCUCCGAUGUCUGCACCCCCGCUUCGAAUACUGCCCAAACGGGAGCUCCAGCGGAGGAGGGAGAGGGGGGACGGCCUUCCCCGGAGGCCUCGCAGCCGAGUCGUGCAGCCGUUGCAACCCCCUCCGAGUCCAGUGAGCCGCUGGGGGAUGCCGCGCAAGGCCUCGAGAGCUUUGGCGCGGGCUCUAGUGGCCCCUUAGGGGCUGCUGAGAGGCCUGCCAGCGAUCGCAUAGGGGCAGCUGAGGGCGGCUCGCUGCAGGAGGGGCCCCCGGGCGUGCGGGAGGCCCUCAUGCAAGCCGAGGCCAUAGCUGCUCAGCUGCCAGCAAUCCGCUUUCCGACUUACAGAACCGUCUCUCGGCAGAUCGGGGCAAGCCGUCAUCGACACCGCGCAAGAACUCUGGCAGACGUGCCGUGCGUCGAAAUGGUGGACAAGAUAGUCUUCUCUUGGGAUGGGAAGCUGCUGCUCGCAGUCCGUAGAAGAAAGGAACCCCUCAUUUACAGCACGGAUUGGGAGCUGCAAAGCGACGGCUACACCAAUUUCACAACCAUGAAGGGCGGAUGCUUCCUUACUGAUGGGAGACACGUCGCUUGCGGCUCAGAGGACCUCCAAGUUCAUAUGUGGAGGCUGCCUUCUCCUCUACCCCAAAGGCCCUCAGCAACGCAAGCCCUCCAGCGGGUUGUGUGUCUCCCCGGUCAUCUCUGUGUGGUGAACUGCUGUGCCAGCCCCUCUCCCCAAAGCCCUUUAGGCUUGUGGGGUCCCCCGAUGCUCGCGACUAGCGGCGUGGAGAAAAUGGUGCGCGUAUGGAGCUGCGAAGUGCCAAGGGACGUAGACGACUGCGACCACUAUCCGAUCGACGGACGGUUUAUAACACACGAGACAACGGAAGACUUUGUGACGAUUGCACGCUUCAACCGAGCAACACCCAUUGCUGACAGGCAAGAUAUUUGA